AUGAAUAAGGCACCUACUAAUUCGACUGCUAAGCAACCAAAUAAUACAACUUAAAAUAAAACUGUGGUAAAUACAGCUAAGAGUUCUACUGUUACAAAAGCCCCUGUAAAUACUACAGCAUCAAAGAGCGUUUCUUCUACUUAACCUAAACCUGUUAAUAACACUGCUAAAACUUCAAAUAUAAAACCUACAUCAACUAAUUCCACUAAAGUAUCUUCAACAAGCACUGCAAAGAGCAGUUCUUCCAAGCCUGAUGCUAAAUUAACUACAAACAAAACAUCUACUACCACCUAAUAAAAAAAGCCAGAUUAAAAGCCUGAUGCUCAAUAAGUAAAAGAGGUUAAGCAAGAACCAAUAGUUAAAAAGAUGAAUGUAGAACAUAUCAAAUUGCAAUAAUUAUUUAACAAAAUAGAAGAAUAUAGAGACAAGAAUAGAUCAUUAUUAAUAAUUGACAAACUAUAGGCAAAUGAUUCAUUUACAUUCUUUAAGUAUAAAGGGUAUAUAGCCGAUGUCUCUGAAUACUUAAUUAAGGAAUAAACAAAUACAUAGAAUAGAGAAAAAAGUGUUGAAACUGCUAGAAAAUAAGUAGUCUAUUCUUUGAAAGCUGGUGGAACAUUAGUUUUCUUUGUGGAUUCUAUGCUAGUUGAUCUUCCAAAUUUCUUUAAAGAAGCCCAAUUCUUCUCUCCUAGCUAAUUAUUUGUACCCGAAGAAGUCCAAAAAGAUACAUAUUAUGUUUAAAAACUCUUAAAAGAAGAAGAAAAUGUUGAUGGUUUUGGUAACAAAGGUGGUUACUAUCCUAAAAAAGAAUUUGCUGCUACAAUUUUAUCAAAAACAAGUGAUAUGGAACCAGAUGAGUUAAUCAAAAAGCUAAAUAUGCCUGCAGAUUUAUUCGACUGCAUUAUAAUAAGUUGA